AAAGCAGUGUCAUUGUCUUUCAUUUUGUAAAUCGUAAAAUAUAUCCAUAUUGAGCAUUAGAGCGACGACUUUUGAUUCAGUCAGCCUGCCGUUGUCCACUUUGAACAUUCCCAGACAUUGCUAAUACAUCACCAAACGCAUCGAUUCACAAACACACUCAUUAAGUAACCAAUGACUUUGUCAGAUUUCACAACGAACGUCCAAAACACGAAAAGGAAACGUACGAAAUAUAGGUUGAACGAUUUAGUAUCUUAUACUAGGUAACGUUAGUGUACGCGUUUCAAUGGCAGUGGACGAAAGUGUCUUUCUGAGAGCAAAGGAUCGGAGUUAUAAGGGGCUGACAGAAGAUGAACAGAAGGAGUGGAACGGGCCCUUUUACUUCAUCCAGGCUGCAGACCCCCAGCUUGGCCUGAUGAAGGCGUGGAGGAUUGGUGACUGUGAUUCAGGAGGGGAUGAGUGGACUGAGGAGGUCCAGCUAACAAGACAAGCAGUCCAGGCAAUCAACAAACUACAGCUUAGACCUCGCUUCCUGGUCCUGUGUGGAGACCUAGUCCAUGCUAUGCCUGGAUGUCCGUUCAGAGAAGAACAGGUUAAGGACCUCAAAGAAGCACUGAGAGGCACUGACCCCGACAUUCCUCUUGUGUUCGUCAGCGGCAACCACGAUCUUGGCAACACACCCACUCCGGAGAGCGUGGAGCAGUUCUGCCGUGACUGGGGCGAUGAUUACUUCAGUUUUUGGGUGGGUGGGGUAUUGUGUUUGGUGUUGAACUCUCAGUUCUUCUUCGACUCAUCAGGCUGCCCUGAGUUAAUGGAGGCCCAUGAGGUCUGGCUGGAGAGCCAGCUGCAGAGAGCCAUCCAGACCUCUCGCCACGUGCUUGUCUUCCAGCACAUUCCGCUCUUCCUCCGUACACCCGAUGAAGAGGAUGACUACUUCAACCUGCAGAGGGGAAUCAGAGAGCGCUUGAUCCAGAGAUUCAAACAAGCAGGGGUGAAAGCUGUGUUCUCCGGUCACUACCAUAGAAAUGCAGGGGGCUGCUAUGAUGGGCUGGACAUGGUGGUGAGCUCCGCUGUUGGUUGUCAGUUGGGAGAUGACACUCAUGGUGUGCGAGUGGUGGUAGUUACUGAAAAUGACAUCAUCCAUCGCUACCAUAGUCUGGACCGAUUAACCGAAAGAGGAAUGGACGAAGACCUGAAGAAAUUGUUGGUUUGAAUCCACCUGCAGAUCACUAAUCAUGUGGUUGUAUCUUCAUCUUCAGCAUUCAUUAUAGAACCUGAGCCACUGUUUGUACAUUUAGAGCUUUCGGGUGUGUUUUUUUUUUUUUUAUAGGAACAAAAAGAGCAUUACAUUUGGAAUAUAUUAGCAAGCAUUAAAAAUGUGAACCAGUGGCUCUUUUGAUCUUUGAUACUCACUCCAUACUUUAAUCAUGCAAAUGCGUCUGAGAAUUCCUUAAACACUGAAGUUAAAUCACCUCAUCAUACUAAUGGAGUGAGGAGAUGCUAGGGUACAAUGGUAGUUUAAUAGUGCUGAACAUUUUGGAUGACAGUUUGAUGAGUUCACUCCUUGCUCCUCUCUGCUCAUUACUCUGAGAGGAGGAAAGAGGCAAUCUCCAUGGUAACUAUUGAAAGACGUGGCUGCGGUGACCGGGACAUCGAGUCACUUGUUCUGUGGGUGGAUCACCAAAAACAUAAUUGCUGACCUCACCUCACACUUAUAAGCUCCAGAAAACAGCCGGGUGUGACUGAAUGAAUUUGGCGGCGUGUAUGCAGCAAGAAAGACAUCUUAAAAUGACCAAGAUCUUUUCUGAAUCUGUGACCUCGUAGCUUCCUCACUGGUGUCAUACAUGCUAUGAUUAAACUAGAUAUUUUCCAGUUUUCUCUGAAUAUUUCCAUGUAAUAUUUAUGUGUAAUAUCUAAUGCUAUCAUUCAGAGGGGUUCAGAAGUUUUCUUUAUAAAUUAUGUAAUCGGCAUUCGGCUUGAGUGAAAAGUUUAAGUGAAAAAUGAACAUGAUUGUCAGAAUGUUCCAGUAUUUGAUUUGUGCCCCUUUUGCUUUAAUGGCGGUGGCACACGAGCUGCAUGAACAUCUGAAUGACUUAACGUCCUGCACAAUAGAGUUCACAUGAUCAAUGUUGCAAAUGUACAGUAACACUUAACAGUAAGGUCCCAUUUGUUAACUAACAUGAACUAGCAGUGACCAAUACAAUUUUAUAACGUUUAUUAAUUGCUGAAAAUAAUUUGUUCAUUGUGCAUGUUAGUUCAGCUUUUGAUUAAAAAAAUAUUAGUAAAUGUUGAACAUUAACCAAAUGCUGUAGUAGUAUUGGCUCAUUGUUAUUUCUUAACUAAUGUGGUUAAUAAUGUUAACAAAUGAAACCUUAUUGUACUGGAGAUUGUUACCAAAUUUACUUCUUUGAUUAAUGACUUGGGAAUACAGUAAGUGCAGAAUCUGAUACAUUCUUAUACUUUUUAUAUUAUGUUUCUUUAUUGUAUUUUUUCAGAAUCUUAUAACUGUGAUCAUUUCAAGGUUUAAUAGAAUAAAAAAUUAGAUUUUGAAUUCUAUACAGUACAUGGUCAUAUUUUGUAUUAUACUUCAAAUGACAGCAAAAUUAAUUUAAAAAAUGUAGCCUAAUGCUUUGUCUCUAUUUUCAUAAAUUAGCUUUUCAUUUGAAGAUCUUUAGGUUAUAAAUUCAGGGCUCCAGACUGCAAAUAAAAUUAAUUUGCAGGAAUCAUUUAAAAUACAGUCGCCAUUGGCAAGAGUUGGAAAAACUUUGUUUGUGUGUUUUAAUCUGACAGUCAAAAAGAUUCACAAUCAGCAGUUUGAAUCAGACUCGUUAGCUACGUUUACAUGCAACCAAAUAAACCGUUUGUAAUCGGAUUGACGGCUCAAUCGGACUGAAAAUGCUUCAUGUAAACACCUUAAUCGAUCCGAUUGAGCUCGAUCGGAAUGAAAUUUCGAUCGGAUUGAAGGGGGUGGUUUAUUCCUUUUCUAAUCCGAUUGAGAGUGCAUGUAAACACUCGAUCGGAUUGAAAACCGAAACUGAAAGGACUGCGCAUGUGCAAUAACGCAGAAAUAGCGUAAUGUCGUAUGACGCGAGGAACCAGCCGGUCAUUCUUUUGAAUAAAGUGUUGUAUAAAUGCGUGUCCUGUCAUUAUAAAACUCUCCUUUCACUCAGAAACUUUGAAGUGGAGCAGGACAAACUCUCACCAGUCCUUGUUUCUCUCAUCCACAGGCAACCCGUUUUGUCCAUUUUUCUGCAUGAUCGAUAUGAGCAGCACUACUGCGGUUUAUAUGUAUAUUUGUCCAGAAAUGGAAAAAUAUUAAUUCUGCUGUUAAAAACAAAUAAAGAAACCGAGAGUAGUUAUUAUGUGCAAACAGUGUGAGAAACUCUAUAUUUGUGCAGUGUGCUCAUGUCCAGAAAAAAAACAAUUACGAUUUGAAGCUUGUGACAUAUAAACGCGCACAUCAACCCGAUCACUUUAUUUCAAUCGGAAUCCGAUUGAACCAAAAAUUGUGCAUGUAAAUGUAGCCACAACAGUGAAUCCUUAGAGCUGUUACUGAACUGUAAGACAUUUUGGGGUUAUGUUUAAUGUAAGUGAACCAGAAACUGUAACUGUCGAGGUUUGUGACACUUAAAGGGUUACUCCACCCCAAAAUGGAAGUUUUGUCAUUAAUCACUUACCCCCAUGUCGUUCCAAACCCGUAAAAGCUUUGUUCGUCUUCGGAACACAAUUUAAGAUAUUUUGGAUGAAAACCGGGAGGCUUAGUGACUGUCACCGACUGUUAUCUUUCCCUCACAACCAAAAACACACUUCUUUAGAGACAUUCUUCCCGAGCGAGUCCCGUGCAGUGCAGCCGAAUGAAGCGUGUUGAUGGGCGCGCUCUCGCUCUGGUCGACGAUGAGUGCACGGGCGCUUUCUUCCGGGUGAAAUGCCCAUAUAAGGAGUCCCACCGUCGUUUACGUCAGCAAGAGCCACGAUCGACAAAAAACAAACAAACAAAAAAGCUUGUACGAACCUGAAGUGAGAUUUUUUGGCACAAAAAGUUUUUUGAAACUAUGUCCAUGCUUAGCAAGAGAAUCCAACUCUAACAGUGUAAACAACUCUGAAUGCAUGAAACGGCAUUGUACCGUUAAAUAAUACAGUUAUGAAUCAGUGACACAAAAAAAUACCAAACCAAUAUUUCAACUGGCAAUAAGAACUUUUUUUUUCAAACAAGCAAAAACAUUCUCACAAUAGAUGAUUAUAUUUAUAAUGAUAUUUACAGUCAAGAUAACUAAAGUGACAGCAUGAAAUGGUAAAAAAAGAAAAAGAAAUCACUAAACGAAUCAGCGACAGAAAAAAAAAAAGCCACACCAAGUUUUCCUCCAUUACACAAAACAAUCUUUCCCAUUGCUAUCAGCUCACUGCACAGACCUGACUCAGUGAACCUAGGUAUAAGAUGUCCCUUGUCAUGUUACCUUAUUUUCUCUCCAGCUUCUUCCUCUUGUAUAUU